AUGGCCGUCGCGAUCGGCAGUUCCGCUGCUGGUGUUCUUGCGCUUCUUGAGGAAGAAGACAAUGUUCUUAAGACUCAUGCCCUUCAGAAGCUUAAUCAAGUGGUAGACCACUACUGGGCCGAGAUUGCAGAUGCCAUUCCUCUUAUCGAGGAACUUUCAGAAGAGAGAAAUUUUCCGGACCGUGAGCUAGCCGCUUAUGUUGCCUCCAAGUGCUUUUUCCAUCUGGAGGAGUACGAGGAUGCUCUGCGUUUGGCACUUGGUGCAGGGAAAUACUUUGACUUAAACACGCGCUCGCAGUACACAGAUACGAUUAUUGCUACGUGCAUCGACAGCUAUGUGGCUGUGCGUGUCAAGGAAGAUUUGGAGGCUGAAAAGCUGCUAGACCCACGACUUACGCAGGUGGUGGAACGCAUGUUUGAGCGCUGCUACGCGGCCGGCGAAUUUCGCCAGGCUAUGGGCAUUGCCUUGGAGGCUCGACGACUGGACCAGGUGUUUAAAAUUAUGCUGGAAGUAUACCGCUCGCGUCCAACUCAAGAGCACGCAAGUGUGUGUCAGAUAUUACAGAUGCUAGACAAUCACGAGGAAGUCAGUAAAAUUCUUGACCAGCUGGUGCGCGGUAGCGACUGUGACGGCCUCAUUGCUUUCCAGGUCGCAUUUGAUCUUAAUGAAAACGAAAAUCAGAAAUUUUUGAUGAAUGUCUACCACGCACUACCGAGACCUUCGGCACCAAUUGCCGAUCCUGCAGUUACAGACUCGACCAAUUUGAACGAAGAUGGCAAGAUCGAGACACACAUUCCCGCCAGUGCUAUUCUAACUGUACCUGCUACACCCCCUUCGGCCCCGACAGGUGCUUGCGCUGAUUACUGGGACAAACUGGAAAAAUUAAAGCGAAUUUUGUCCGGCGAAUUUCUCGUAGACUUGAAGCUCGACUUCCUAUACAGUCGAAGCGACUCGGAUCCACUAAUUAUGAAGACAAUUAAGGCUGCUGUUGAGAAUCGCAAUUCAGUACUGCAUCACGCAGCUGUAAUAGCUCACGCUUAUAUGAAUUGCGGCACGACUUCGGAUACUUUUCUGCGUGAAAAUUUAGAAUGGCUGGGUAAGGCCACCAAUUGGGCGAAAUUUACAGCCACUGCUAGCUUGGGCGUUGUACAUAAGGGCCACGUUCGUGAAAGCAUGAACCUUUUGUCUCCGUACUUGCCUCAAGGUGGGAUGACGACGUCUCCAUACUCUGAGGGUGGUGCUUUAUACGCAAUGGGUUUGAUCCACGCAAAUAAGGGAUACGCAGGAUCAGGCAGCAAGACAACGAUGGAGUAUCUGCGCAAUGCGCUGAAGAAUGCUCGAUCGGAUGAGACCGUGCAGCAUGGCGCGUGUUUGGGCAUUGGUCUGUGUGGCCUAGCUUCGCAAGACUACGAAGUUUACGAGGAGCUGAAAGCUGUACUUUUCACCGAUUCAGCUGUUGCAGGCGAGGGUGCAGGCAUUGCGAUCGGUUUAAUUCUUCUUGGUGCUGGAGGUGAAGAACACAACGGUGAAAUUGUAAAAGAAUUGCUUGCCUAUGCGCACGACACAAAACACGAGAAAAUUAUUCGUGGUUGCGUUACGAGUAUCGCGCUUAUGAUGUACGAGCGCGAAGAACAAGCUGAUACGUUGAUCGAGCAGCUGACACGUGACAAAGAUCCUUUAAUUCGUUACGGAGGGAUGUACACUGUCGCCAUGGCGUAUGCAGGGACUGCUAACAAUACAGCAAUUCGGAGACUGUUGCACGUGGCCGUAAGUGAUGUGUCUGACGAUGUGCGUCGCGCUGCCGUCACUUGUCUAGGCUUCAUUUUGUUUCGCACCCCUGUUCAGGUACCGAAGCUGGUGUCACUGCUGGCUGAGAGUUUUAAUCCCCAUGUUCGCUACGGAGCUUGCGUAGCUGUAGGUAUUGCAUGCGCUGGUACUGCGAAGAAUGAGGCAAUUCAGCUGUUGGAGCCACUUCUUGACGACGCUGUGGAUUACGUACGUCAAGGUGCGCUGCUUGCCUUAGCGAUGGUUGUAAUGCAAGAAUCUGAGGGUCGCAACCCAAAGGUGGCUGCUAUUCGUGCUAAAAUUCUCAAGCUUAUUACUGACAAGCACGUGACGACUAUGACUAAGAUGGGUGCUAUCUUAGCACAGGGCAUUUUAGAUGCCGGUGGUCGCAAUGUAGUCAUUUCGCUACAGUCUCAUGCAGGAUUUACUAAAAUGGCUGCUGUGGUGGGUUUGGCAAUUUGGGCACAGCACUGGUUCUGGUAUCCGUUUUUCAACUUUCUGGAGCUUUCCCUUCAGACGACAUUGGUAGUUGGUCUUAAUAAAGAUUUAAAGCUCCCCCGAAGCUUCAAACUUACAUGCAACGCAAAAAAGUCUGCUUUUGCUACGCCAAAGCGGUUGGAGGAGAAGAAGGAAGAAAAGAAAGAGCUUGUAGCCACAGCGGUGCUGUCCACAACUGCGAAGGCGCGUGCGCGCCAGGCAAAACAAGAGAAAUUGACAAAGCCCUUUGACGCUAGUGGAGACAUAGUGAUGGAGAAGGAGUCGCCUGCAGCUGAUGAGGAAAAGAAAGAGAUUGAUAUGAAUAUGGAUGUGGAUACUGAGGGAUCUCAGCCGACAGCUAGCAAGAAAGCAGUGAUGACAAAAGAGCCUAGCGUGUUUACAUUCACGACGCCUGCACGUGUGACGCUUGCACAGGAGUCAGUAAUUUCUAUUGAUAUGGCGCAAAGGUACGUCCCGGUGAUGCAACGUACACAAAGGCUGGCAGGAGUUAUUAUGCUGCGUGAUACAACCCCGGAUGAGGCUGAGGAUGUCGAGACAGUAAAGGCACCCGCUGCCGCUGGCGCGGAAGACGAGGCUGACCCACCUGAGCCGUUUGAGUGGGAGCCUCCACAGUAG